CUUGAAUCAAUUUUGACUUUUGACCUCCAAACUCUAGUCCAACGUCGUAAACGAAUAUGAGCACACCCCGUUCACCUACCACAGCUGCCAUUCUCCGUCUUCUGCUCUACAUUCUGAAUAUUUUCGCCAUCUUCAGAACCCAAAUUUGAAGAGAGAAAGAGAGUUUCAGAAAUGGGUUUCUACUCAACAGUAAUGGAUGAGAUAACCUGGUACACUGGUCUAUCGCCAACGGCGUUCUUCACCAUCGCAGCCAUGAUGCUCGUCGUUUACAAGACCAUUAGCGGCAUGUUCGUGUCCCCUGAAGACUACAACAAACCUCCGGUCAUUUCCGCCCGAACCAGUAGCCGGUUCGACCAUACCGAACCGCAAAGGGAACCGGUUCAGUUGGGCGAAAUCACCGAGCAGGAGUUGCGCCAAUACAAUGGCUCUGACCCCGCUAAGCCCCUCUUGAUCGCAAUCAAAGGCCAGAUCUAUGACGUCUCCUCUGGGAGGAAUUUUUAUGGCCCUGGUGGGGCUUAUGCGAUGUUUACCGGAAAGGAAUGCAGUAGAGCCCUAGCACUUUUGUCUUUUAAACCGGACGAUAUUAAUGGGAACCUUGAAGGUUUGGACGAGUCAGAGCUCGCAAUUUUAGAGGAUUGGGAAUAUAAAUUCAUAGAAAAGUACCCAAAGGUUGGGCAGCUUGUUCCAGGACAAAGAUCUCUGCAAAAUGAGCACAAUGAACAAGUUCAAAACAAUUUGAACCUUGAUGAGGCCAAGGAGGAACCAAAAUAAAAAUCAUAGUGCCUAGUUAACUUUGCAGUUUUUUUCAAACUUGUGUAUAGGUUGUGAUGUGUGUUACUGAGGGCAUACUUUGUUGUAUAAGGUGAUUGAUACUUCGGAAUUUCUAUGACAAUACAUGGAAUGUAUAUUUGUUCCGUUAAAUUUUAACAUUUCACUGUAUAAGUCAA